GCAGGAGCCGGCGCCGCCCGACGGGGACCACGCGGCCGGAGACGACUUCGCGUCGUCGGUGGUGCUGGUUGGGUCGGAGCCGGUGGACCUGCGUCCGCCGGUGCGUGUGCUGGAGCAGGGCGAGAUCCUGCUGCCAGACGACCCCGAGCAGGUCCGCGUGCUCAUCGAGCACAACCUGCUGCUGAAGGGCGCCGUCACAGACGAGAUGCUGGAGAAGGUGAACAAGCUGCUGGAGCACAUCUCGGCCGACAAGUGCCACUGCUGCGGCGAGAGCAUCGACACUGCACACAAGGGCGGCGAGUUCCCGUGCGACGUGGCCGACUGUCUGAAGACGUUCCGGCUGAAGUCGUCGGUGGACCGGCACAAGCGCGUCAUCCACCACCAGGGCGACGUGCACCAGUGUCCGCAGUGCGGCGCCCGCUGCGCCGACAAGGGCACGCUGGCGCGCCACAUGUACACCCACACCGGCCUCAAGCCCUACACGUGCGAGAUGUGCAACAAGCACUUCAGCCGCAAGUACCACCUGGACCGGCACGUGAUGCAGACGGGCUGUGACGGCAAGCCGAAGGCGGCCUACCCGUGUCAGGUGUGCGGCAAGAUGUUCACGCGCAAGGACAACCUGCGCGAACACCUGCGCGCGCACGCCGGCCAAGUGCGCCGCAAGAAGUGCUACACCUGCCACUACUGCGAGAAGCAGUUCUUCGGCUCCACGCUGUUGCAGGUGCACCUGCGCACGCACACGGGGGAGCGGCCCUACCAGUGCGACUUCUGCGAGAAGAACUUCCCCUCGAUCGGCGCCUACAAGAAGCACCGGCGCAUCCACACGGGCGAGAAGCCCUACGAGUGCAAACACUGCCUGGCGCGCUUCUCGGCCAAGGAGACGCUCAAUCGGCACGUGCGCACGCACACGGGCGUCAAGCCGCACACGUGCCAGUACUGCGGCAAGUCGUUCAUCCAGGCGUCCCAGCUCAAGAGUCACAUCUUCCACCACACCGGCCAGGGCGGCUUCAAGUGCGCCCACUGCGACCGCAGCUUCAACAGGAAGGUCCGGCUCAGGAUGCAUGUUGAGUACGUGCACGAGGGCAAGAAGGGCUUCGAGUGCGCGACGUGCGACAAGACGUUCGUGCGCAAGGAGGACCUGGCGCGUCACAGCGUGCUCCACCGCGGCACCAAGGUGCACCGCUGUCCCAUCUGCGAGAAGACGUUCGCCAUCAAGCCCUCGCUCAAGAUCCACUUGCUGACGCAUACCAAGGAACCGCCCCGCUCGUGCGAGGAGUGCGGCCGCGCCUUCAUCCGGCAGGACUGCCUGCUGCGCCACAUGCGCAAGAAGCACCGCGAGAUGCUCGACCAGAUCAUGGCAGAGGCCGAGAAGAAGAAGAUCCAGCAGCAGCUCAUCUCGUUCAACGCCGAAGCCAGCGCCAAAACUUUCCCACAACUGGGGACUGAAGGCACCGCAUUUAGUGCACUCGCCCUGGGCGAGGCGCUGCGCGAGCUGCUCUCGCUGCUGGUGGACGACGCCACCCUGCAGGCGUUCGGCCACCCGCAGCAGCCGGUGGAGCAGGUGCUCGAGUCGGUGAUCCGCCGCUGCGGCCACGCGCCCAUCGACGACGCCCACCUCAGCUACGACGACCGGCUCAGGGAGAACGCCAAGCUGCUGUUCACCGUGGUGAUCGACGACAACGCCGUCAAGACGCUGCUCAACAGCCAGACGGUGGACGAGGUGAUCCUGCACGUGCUGCGGCUGGCCAAGUCGUAGGCGGCGGCAGCGAGAGAGCGGAGGGCGGGCUAACCUGUCGCCCCGCUGCCGCAGAGCGACGGCAGCGGAACCGGGCCCGGCCGCCCGCUGGCGCGGCGCCGCCGUGGGCCAUGCGUGGCCGCGGCCUCCGCCCGGACGUGUACAAAUGGCUUGGACGGGACGUCCCGUGCGUGACGCGGCGCGGAUGCGAGUCUGGCAGGUCGGUGGCCAGCAGCCGCGAUUUGUACCGGGGUUUGUACAAGUGGACUUGUGAAUCAACUACUUACUGCUGUGGCCGCGUGCGAGGGCGCCGGCGGGCGCGGUGACUCGGCCUGCGCGCGCGAGAGACGGCAGCCCAGACGCUGCAUGCCGUGCGCUGGACCACGUGUGGCCGAGACGCGCGGCCCCGGCGCGGGGACCCGUGCGCGGCCCCCCUGCAAUCGCGUUGUUUGUACUCUGUUAUCGUGGGCGCGGCGCGCGCUGCCGCUCCGCGCUGCGGCGUGUGAGCCGUCCUUAACGCGUCGCCCGGCAGGGACUCUUUUGUAUCCGCGCAUGCCUCUCUGGCCUUCGCUGGGAGUGGCGGACUCGCUGAGUCGGGCGGCAGAAUAUACACGGACGUGGCG